UUUCCUCCUUUCUCGAGAGCAGCCCCAGCAGCCCUGCCUUCUUUGCUGGAGAAUAUAUUCAGGGAAUUUCCACCCACCCCCCCGCCACCUCCACCCCCAACUUCAUAAUCACCUACCCUCGCCGAGCACUUUCGUAAGCGUUUGUUUGAUUGUUUUAUUUUAUUAUUUUGCUUUUUAAAAAAAAAAAUAAUUUUUUUUUAUUUAAAUCAUCCUCAUAAUAAAAGAGCUCCCGUUCUAAGCCUAAAAAGAAAAAAAAGAAAAAGCAGGGAUCUUUCUCCUCAGAGCCAGGGGGGCAGCAGCAAACCCAAGCAGCGAAGCUUCCUCAGCGCUUCCAGCAGCUCCGAGACCCAUUUCCCCGCUCCCUCCGCUGGGGAGGAAACUCUUGCUUCUGCCAGCCCAACAGAGGGGGAGAAAAAGGGGGGAGAGACGAGAGAGCCGAGAAGAGGAGGGAGGAGAAAAAAAAAAAGGGCCAGCUGGAAAGGUAAGCCAGGCCCGGCCUGCAUCCCCGGGCUCGCCUAAGGCGGCAGGCGGCGCCGCGCGCGCGGGGACAGCCGCCGGGUGGGCUACGCGAGGCCGGGGAUGCGCGUGGGAGAGCCGGGCCGCGCGGGUUUCGAAAGGGGGUGGGUGGGUGGGAAGGGGGGGUUCCGGGACCCGCGGGUGGCCGGGCCCGUCUGGGAACCGAGGGAAAGGGGCGCCGGUGGAGGGAGGGAGGGGAGCCCGGCCGAGGCGGGAGAGAGACGGGCCUUGUGGCCUAGCGGCUCCCCGCCCCCCGCGACGGGGCCCGGCCUAGCGCCGGACAGGCCCCGGGCGCCGGGCUCAGGCCUCCGAGAGGGGGUUUCGGAAGGUGGCGGGGAAGGCGCUUCGGCCAGGGAGCUCCGAAGCCCGGGCGGGGGUUAGGCGGCGGGAGGCCGGCGGACCGCGGAUCAGAGGCACCGGGGCGCGAUGGUGGUGGAGGGGGGUGGCGGCGAGAGAGGGGGAAGCGGGCUAUUUGUUAUUAUUUUCCACUACGCUUUCACUCCCGAGUUUGGGGCGCGCUUCGCCCCCUUUAGACCUGGGGGAGUCGGGGGGGGGGUCCCGGGGAAGCGCGUCCGCCGGGAUCUCCCCCCCCCCCGCCUCCUCCGACGCCACCACCGGCCUUUUAAAGUUUUGCUUUUUGGACAUCGCCGAGCCCCCCUCCAGCACCACCUCGGACCCUUCCUUCAAUUUGGGUUUUCAAUUUGGGUUUUAAUGCGACCUGAAAUGAGUGCAAGAACAUUUUGGCGCUCCCUCCUGAAUUGCAUUGGGAAAGAGGUGGCUUGGGGGGGGGAAGAGAGAAGCGUUUCCCCCUUUUCCAAACGCUGCUUUGCAAGCCCACCUUUUCCUCCUCCUGCCCCACAAGUACGAACGUCAAUCCUGAUUUUAAAUGGUUAUGGGGCAGCGGGAACUUUUCCGUGGUGCUGGCGGGGUAGGCGAAGGGUUCAAGGCUCGCAAGUCGAGGCGAGGAAGGGCAUCAUCAUGCUGCAGAGGUGGUGUUGGUUGCAAGGUCCCACUAGAAAGAAAGAAAGAAAGAAAGAAAGAAAGAAAGAAAGAAAGAAAGGAAGGGAAAAGCCUAGAAACAACCUUGGUUAGUUUUAAGAUUUGUUCCAGGGGAGUGGGAAGUGGUGGGUGGAGGGUGCCUUGCCCAGCUUCAUACUUCUGGCGUCCGUUUGGCCAGGGCUACCAGAUCUUACCACUUCAGUACUUUCGUAGGUGCUGUCAGAGACUUGCAAAGGCAUGCUGGGUUUCUGUAUGAAACCCCGGUUUUUUGUGAAUCAGUUGGAAUUGUAAAGGCUAGCCUCGUCGUUUCUGACCGUUCGUAGCCUGGAAACAAUUUACUACCCAAGCCAGGGUCUUGGGGGUGUGUUAGGCCAUAAACACAUAAUCAAGGCCACAGAUAGCGUUCUGUAAAUGGUUGCUAUAUUGUUUCUAUGGUCAGUGUUUGAGCGUAAAAUCUUCAGGAGAUAGUUGUUGCAGAAGAGAUGAGUUUCGGGAAUGUCCGUUCAGAAAUGUGGCUAGAUUAAGAUAAUUGUGUGUAGGCAUAAACUCAAGUCCUUGAGGCUGGACUGUAUCAAUGCAGAGGUCUGCAAUGGCCAGAUUCCUAGGCCAAUGUUGCAAAAAGUUAACUUGGGCUUGAAUGCUUACAGUACAUUCAGUUCCUCCAUCUCCAGGUGAACUUUUGGCCAGGAUUGCAAGAGCUGUGAAUCUAGUUCUGUGUAUCCAUGAAGGGAGCUUUGGAUUUGUGUUUCUCAUAGUGUGCCUCUUCAAGCCACAUGUCAAAACAGUUUCUGAAACUGAAAGGAGUUUAGAAUGCAGUUUGGGACUUGCCAUUGGGACCUGCCAUUCACAGAAAUUGAAAGGCUUAAAAACAAAACAAAACAGUGUUCGAGUUUAAAGUCUUGGCUGCACUCAAAGUAUGUUUUUGGAUCUCUGUCCUUGUUUUGUAUGCAGAAUAGAAGCCCCAUUGCAUGGGGGAAUUGAAAUCAAAUGUGUCAGGUGAGAUUUUCUGAGAUUCCAAUGGAAUACAGUACCUAUAUAGGCAAUUUCCCAUUAUUCUUAGAUGAUUGGUGGGACAUUUUCGUUUUAGUUCUGGCAAAGAGUGUGGCUUCAAGUCUCUGUUCUGCAAAGCACUCAUGCAAGCAUUCUGAUAUAAAUGCAUUACAGAACUGUACCUUGAAUGGACUUCCCCACGCUCAAGAGUGCUGUUAUGCUGAGUGAGAUAACAACAACUUUGUCACUCUGUAGAAUGAUGGACCAAAACUGCAACCUGUGACACUAUAACCCUAUGCAUUAUUUGGUGGUGUUUUGUUAAAGCCGUUUUGUCUGUGCUACCGUAAGUGCUUCAGUGCUGAGGCCUAGUCUACACAUUCUUUAAAAAGUCACCAUGUGUUUGGGUUCUGAUUCAUUAGAACCAUCAAACUGCAUAGUGCUUUCCAAAGUAUAAGAGGACAGUUUCUUGUUCCAAGGAGCUUACAAUUUUAACAUCACCACCAGCAACCGUUUCUUAAGUGUAUUUCAGUAGUUGCACUUCGCUUUGGUAAAAUUGAACAUGGCCUUAUCUUCAUAGGAACUACCUUUUAAAUCCCUCCCCUCAUACUGGACUCUUACUCCAUUAAAAUAAGUAAAUUUUACUUUUAAAUAAGUAGCGUAGGGUGGAAAUGCAAAAAAAAGUUAUACAAAUAUGAACAUUACGAUUUAAAACACAACUACCUAAUGUUAAGACCCUUCCUUACCCCAAAUACAGCACAGGGUGCUGACUAGGGGGUCCUAGUUAGCAGAUGACGCUGUGCUCUAAACCACUGAGCCUCUUGGACUUGCAGAUCAGAAGGUUGGCGGUUCGAAUCCCCGCAACAGGGUGAGCUCCUGUUGCUCUGUCCCAGCUCCUGCCAACCUAGCGGUUUGAAAGCACGCCAGUGCAAGUAGAUAAAUAGGUACCACUGCGAUGGGAAAGUAAACAGUGUUUCCGUGCGCUCUGGUUUCCGUAACGGUGUCCCGUUGCAGCAGAAGUGGCUUAGUCAUGCUGGCCACGUGACCCGGAAAGCUGUCUGCAGACAAAUUCAGGCUCCCUCAGCCUGAAAGCGAGAUGAGCGCCACAACCCCAUGGUCGCCUUUGACUGGACUUAACCGUCCAGGGGUCCUUUACUCUUUACCUUUACCUAGGUAGCUUUUUGCAUGCCUCCAAAUAAUUGCUCUGCCUGUCUUACUGAUUUCAACAGAAUUAAAGCUAGCUUUUCAUGAAUGCCAGUACAUCUUAAAUAAUUGCAAAAUGUGGGUUGAAUACAGUUGACUGUUAUAAAGUAGUUAAUUUCCAUGAUUGGCAAAUAACUACCACAUAGCCAGUUGCUUUUGCCACCUGUCCGCAUGGAGCGAAGAACCUUUACUAUCCACAUUCAAUCAGACAUCCAGGCAAUCAGGAGGUGGUAAAAAUCUCACCACAUGGGUGUAUGUGCACUGAGAAAUGUUAUGACUUAGUAAGUGGUAGUUACUCUUCCAAAGCAGAGAGAACUACAAUUUUAAAAUGAGAGACAAUCUAAAGUUGAAGGUUUCAUUCUGCAAAGUGGUACAUAAAUACAAUAUUUCAGAGUAAUGAGUAUUAUCAUAUUUCCUGGGCGGGCGGGGGGCUUGAGGGAAGGAACUCUAAAAUAAGGGUUAUCUGACAGCUCUCUCAGUGAGGUAGCACAUGCUCCCCCCCCUCUUUAGUACUGAAUAUUUUGGUUCCACCAGCCUACCCUGUCUUCAGAUUCUAAAGCUGUAUCAGUUUUAGAAAGACAGAAUGGGAGCAGUUUUUUCACAUCUAGCUUCUGGAGAUUUUUUAAAAAGUGGCUCAAAGUGUUCAAAUAUAGAAUUACUGAUGAUAAUGAGAAAAAUGCUGCUGGGACUAAAUUAACAUCUUUCUGAUAUGUGGGUGUUAAUACUGAGAGCAAGACGAUAUGAGUCACUUUCACUCUGAUCCUAAAUGCAGGAUGUGGAAGUAAGUUGCAACGACUUUCAGGGGAACUUGUUUUCACAUUAGGGGUACAGUCCUCUGCACGUACCUGGGAGCAAGCCCCCUUGAACGCACCGGGCUUACUUUGGAAUAAACAUUCCAUAGGAUAGUGCUGUCAAUGUCCAUAAGAUUGGACUCGAUUCGCCAUGAUCCCAAGGUCCAUGGAGGAGAGAAAUGUGGUGGCUCAAAGGGCUUUGUGUUUCACCAGUAUUGGCUCCUAGGUGAUCCCUCCUGAAACAUCGCAAACCAAGAAAAGGCUGACCCUAAAUUCACAUGAGUUAGCGUCCGCCAUGGAAGAUUUCAGCAGAAACCCUGGGCAAAGGGAAUGGGGAUGCUGUGUAUAGGCCAUGGAUGAUGGGAUAUAAAAUGCUCAGCAGCAGGUCGUUAUUAAUAUCUGACACUAUUAUGUGAUUUCAGUAUAAAUCUCUAGAAAUCAGUGGGGAAUGUCUGGGGCCGAAUGCAGCCUUCUUGACAUCUCUAGUAAAGGUAAAGGGACCCCUGACCAUUAGGUCCAGUUGUGACGGACUCUGGGGUUGUGGCGCUCAUCUCGCUUUAUUGGCCGAGGGAGCCGGCGUACAGCUUCCGGGUCAUGUGGCAGCAUGACUAAGCCACUUCUGGCAAACCAGAGCAGCGCACGGAAACACCGUUUACCUUCCCGCCAGAGCGGUACCUAUUUAUCUACUUGCACUUUGAUGUGCUUUCGAACUGCUAGGUUGGCAGGAGCAGGGACCGAGCAACGGGAGCUCAACCCGUUGCGGGGAUUUGAACCGCCGACCUUCUGAUCGGCAAGUCCUAGGCUCAGUGGUUUAACCCACAGCGCCACCCGUGUCCCUCUGAACAUCUCUAUUCGGCCCUUAAAUGCUUCCCAGGGCACACCCCUCACUGGCUCUACUUCCCACCCCAAAUGUUUAGGUGUGUGGCCCUUGGAAGUUUUCGGCGAAGGAACCGUGGCCCUUGGGUUGAGAAAGUUCCUCACGUCACCUCUAGAACAUGAUGUAGAAGGGGUUUCUGUCUUGAUAACUAGCACCUUGAAAACAAAGAUUGCAGUUCUAAGCAAAUAGGGAAGCACCAUUAAAUUCAGUGGAUCUUCUUAGUAAGCAUGGGCUCCAUCUGCACUAUGCAUUUAAAGCAGUAUCAUACCACUUUAUAAACAGUCAUGGCUUCCCCCAAAGAACCCUGGGAAGUUUAGUUUGUUCAGGAUGCUGAUAUGUUGUUGUUUAGUCGUGUCCAAGUCUUUGUGACCCCAUGGACCAGAACAUGCCAGGCACUCCUCUCUUCCACUGCCUCCCGCAGUUUGGUCAAACUCAUGCUGGUAGCUUUGAGAACACUGUCCAACCAUCUCGUCCUCUGUCAUUCCCUUCUCCGUGUGCCCUCCAUCUUUCCCAACAUCAGGGUCUUUUCCAGGGAGCCUUCUCUUCUCAUGAGGUGGCCAAAGUAUUGGAGCCUCAGCUUCAGGAUCUGUCCUCCAGUGAGCACUCAGGGCUGAUUUCCUUAAGAAUGGAUAGGUUUGAUCUUCUUGCAGUCCUUGCAGUCCUCCAGCACCUUAAUUCAAAAAGCAUCAAUUCUUUGGCGAUCAGCCUUCUUUAUGGUCCAGCUCUCACUUCCAUACAUCACUACUGGGAGGAUGCUGAUAUAGUGUUCAAGAUUUCCCAGGCGCCAGGUGCGUUUUGUGACUGACGCACGCCCAAUUGCAACCAGGUGGAGAUGUCUGGAUGCAAGGUUGGCGACUGACAUCUCCACCUGGCUGGCCCCUCCAGCUUUCUUAAGCAGCUAAGCAGAAGAUCUUAUUUAUUGCAUCAGUUUUCCACCUUUUUCUCCAAGGAGUACAUGGUUCACCUUCCUCCUUAGUUAAAUCCCUACAAUUUCUCUGCGAGGCAGAUUAAGAGGUUGUGAAUGGCCCAAGGUCAUCCAUUGAGCUUUGUGACUGAGUGGGGAUUUGAACCCUGAUCUCCCAGGUCCUAGUCCAACACUCUUAACCACUACACCACAAUGACUUCCUAGAACACAGAACUUCUGCUAUGGGGCAGCUCUAUAAAUUAAGUAGGUAAAUAAAUAUGGGGAAGGCAAACUGUCUCUUAGAGAAGGAUCUGAAAUAAUUUCUUUGAAACUUGAAUUUGUUUGUUUUAUUCUGGAUUGUUUUAUUUGAUGUUUUAAUGUGCUGUACACUGGUUUGAUAUUUUUUUAAAAAUAUAAAGCAGUAUAGAAAUGAAUUGAAAAGAAUACAUAGAUACAUACAUACAUACAUACAUACCACUGCAAAAAAGGUACCUAGACUUUCUGUUGUAGUGCCAUUUGGUGAUAAACUUCCUCCACCAUUUACAGCAGGGAUUACCACUAGAAAUGCUCCUACCACGGAAGGAUAAAAGAUUCUUCCAUGGACCUGCCUUGCUUCCUUCCAUAUACAGUGGUACCUCGGGUUACAGACACUUCAGGUUACAGAUGCUUCAGGUUACAGACUCUGCUAACCCAGAAAUAGUACCUCGGGUUAAGAACUUUGCUUCUGGAAGAGAACAGAAAUUGUGUGGCGGCAGCGGGAGGCCCCAUUAGCUAAAGUGGUACCUCAGGUUAAGAACAGUUUCAGGUUAAGAACGGACCUCCAGAACGAAUUAAGUUCUUAACAUGAGGUACCACUGUAGUAAGAUUCUAUAUGAGCUCCGAAUUUUGGGGGGUUGGGUGGGUGGAGAUUGUAGUAGAUGCCUGUGCACUCAGUUCUUGGAUAUAGAGACACAUAUAGGUUAAAAAGUAAGUUGUAAGUUGAACUAUGUCGGAAAGAAGCAGUGUUUGGGAAGAGUACUAAAGGACAGGAUUAUUGUUGAGGAGUUGUUCUGGGCUGUCAUGACUGUCCCUUUGAAGCUUACCUUGGCUGGUCACCAGCAUGGCCAUUUAACGCUACUAUGAUGGCCAGAAGCUCUCAGAUGCCCAUUGCAUUGUAGUUCAAGUCGCCGUUUCUUGGUAGUCAAGCAAGCUGUAUGACAAGAGCCUUAGGCAAGUGUAUGCCUGUGUAGAGAGAAGAGAGUUGUUGGCAUCCAUCUGUCUUGAAAGACAAUGGAGUACUCCUCUGGGGGUGAAGUCAAAUGACUGUGCUAGCAGCAUCAAAGUGACCUCCCCAGGGUGCAAGUCUGGGCAGUUUGUAUGGAGGUCCUGGGCUGACCAGACAGCUAGACACCCCUCUUGGCCUCGAUUAUGUUGUCCAAAGGAACACAGAGCAAUACGUUUGGAACCAGCUUGGCUCCAAGAGUUGCCGGAAGGUGGUGUGCAAGGUGCCAUCCAACCAUCUUAGGGACUCCACUCUGCAGUUGUGUAGAGAUUACUCCUUAACCUUUUAUUCUAAAGAUAACCUGCAAGACAGUGGAGGUUUGGAUCCGUGUUCCUUCUACAUGGGUUACCUUUCCAGGUUGAUGAGCCCCAUCUGCCCCUCACUUCCCUCUAUAUCACGUGCAGAAACUGCCUUCUUGACCAUUGGACCCACUAUUGGUCUUGCCCACUCAAUCUGCUGGAGUCUGUCUUUGCAUGCAGGGGAAGUCCCUAGCUCACCAAGGGUUUGAGACCCGUUGGCUCCCCUCACUUGGUUUAGCCGGUCGAAGCUGUUCCCAGGAUGUGUCUGCUGUUGCAUGCUGACAGGAGCCACAAGUGAGAGCUAAGUGCAGGGUGGGGACCAGAGGUGGACAAACUACCUCAGAAGGGGCACAACAUGCCCCCCCCCCCACCAGAGGUACUACACCAUACAUAAACACACACAUACAACAUUUAAGUACUGUUAGUUUGCAGAUGUUUCCAAAAUAUUGUUGCUGCAAUACUUUAGGGCAAGACUGCACCAUAUGAUGCAGAAUUGUCCCUUGCUGCUAAUCAUCUGGUAAGACGUCAAUUAAUGCCUAAGCAAGUUUGCUUUGGAGAAACAAACCACAAGUGCUGGCUUGGAUGUUAAUGCUAAGCCAGGCACUCUGUGGUUUGCCUCCCAGCUCUAGGAAGGGAGGAGCAAAACAGGGACUGGUAGAGCAGUGUGCAUAGAAUAAUUUGCAUAACUAUGGCUUAUGGUCAGCAUUGCGACUGAACAUGGCAAGUGUGUGUCUGUAGAGCAACUUUGGUGGUGAAGCAAUUGGUCCAGGACUCAAAGAAGCCACCAGAGUUGAAUUGUUAGCUACAAAACCUGCUCCCGUUGGCACUCAGGAGUGAGUGGCAUGGAUGUGAAGGGGGAAUGAAGACUGGUUUACAGUACUAUAGGGCAAUUACUUUGAGCUGAAUAGUGGCUGAGGAGAGAAGCAGGGUUUUUUUAUGUACUAUCCUUCUCUUUAAAAAGAUUUUAUCUUGUUUAAUUUGUUCUUUUCCAUGCCUGAGAAUAUUCAGUCCUACUAUACAUACAGAGGAUGAGCAUGAGGGUGAGGAGAGAGGUGGGAUUCAGUUAUAUGCAGGAAUAACCUAGUUUUUGUUUGCACUUUCUGUACGAUUGAAAACCUUAAUAAAUUGCUAAUCACGAAUUGAACCAAAAAGAAUCGACCAUGGAACCAUGACUCCCAGAACACAUAAGCUAGUCUAAUCUUGUUUGUCAUAAUUUGUAAAAAUAAAAAAGCUAUGAAUUGAGGAGUAAAAAUAUUCUUUCUGGCCUUUAAAUCAAGGAACAAUGCUCAGCAUCUGUUCAUAUGAAAACCAGCUCAUAGCACCCCUGCGUGACCAAGCAACAGAACCCGGUCAGAAUGUGUCUUUCAAUUGGCUGCUGUGGUCACAGAGACAGGGAACAGGUUUUGACUCCUACCCCUUCAGGUGCAUCAUAUCACUUUUUCCUGCAUGCCGUUCGUUUCUAUUGGGGGAAUGUAAAUCAUUGCACUUGCAGACAGUAUUGAAGUGAGGGAAAUCCUGCUUUCUACCCCUGGCAUUACCUGUCCACAGCCACCACUGACAGGUAGACUACAAGGGAGAAUAAUGUUCUGCCUAUCUCUUCUGAAGACAGUUCUAAGAGUUGUGGAGGAGAUGCAAUUUGUUUCCAACACCUCCCCCAGCAAAAAAAACCCACCCAGGAAUAUUGUUUGGGAAGGAGGCAAGUGUUUCCCCUCACCUUUUCAGGACCUGGAAACAAAUUUGUUUUAAUUUGUAGGGAUACGGUUUUGAAAAGCAGGCCUGGUCUCCCCACUUUGGCAAUUGCCCUUCUAUCUAUCCUCCCAGGCUCUCUUGACAAGGAUUUUUGUUUGAUUUGAAUGUUUAUUGUCCAUAUAAAACAUCAAAUCCGUACAAACAUGUUAACAGCCCACUGUCAUCUUCAAGUAAAACAGUGGCCUACAAAGUGGUAUACAGUGGUACCUUGGGGUUACAUACGCUUCAGGUCACAUACGCUUCAGGUUACAGACUCCGCUAACCCAGAAAUAGUGCUUCAGUUUAAGAACUUUGCUUCAGGAUGAGAACAGAAAUCGUGCUCCGGCAGCGUGGCGGCAGCAGGAGGAGGCCCCAUUAGCUAAAGUGGUGCUUCAGGUUAAGAACAGUUUCAGGUUAAGUACGGACCUCCGGAACGAAUUAAGUACUUAACCCGAGGUACCACUGUAUUUUAAGGAACCACACAUACUGAAGUGAGAUUUGGUUGCUGCUUGGAUUUGCUGUAUCUAUACUACUGAGUCUUUUAAAAGGUUUGUGGAAUAAAUGCUCUCAUAAUUUGGAUUCUUGAAUCAUUGCUAAUUGUAAUAUUAUUUUGCAGUGUAAACUAUAUUCAACCCCUAAAAUAUAGGUGAGCGGGUGCCAAAUUGUCACGGUUAGCCAUGGCACACGGUGAAACAAUCAUUAGAAAGAACCAUGGGCUACCAGAUCAGAAAGGUAACCUUGUAUGGUUGGAAAAUAAGAGGGCAUCCACUAUGGAAAUUAGACUGUGUUGCCAUCAAGCUUCCUAAACCAUAUCAAAAAUUAUUCGUUGGUUCCUUGUAUUCUUAUACAUAAUGAGUAUCAGUAUACAAGUACCAUCCUGUGAGAAUGGCACCAGGAAUUUGCAGCAUGAGAGUAGAGGUGAUCCCUUGUGCUGGCAUAGAGGAUUACAUUCUUCCGUGUUGUUUGGCUGUCUGCAGUUGAGUUGGCUUGUAGCAAAACCACCCCAAGGCUCUUGGGGCUUUGCCUUCCAUCCUUUGGGAAGCUUGACGGCACACCUGCACCCCCCUCCUCCACUUCUUGCAGCUGCUGCCAACCAGCUUGACUUCUUCCGCUCUUAGUUACCCAGCCCUGCUCACUUAAGGCCAUUCCACACAACUCAGAAAGGUGUGCAGGAUUUUUGGUCCAGGGUGCUCACUGCUGACAUCAAGACAGGGAGUUUUUUUUUUAAAGCCACCCCUGAGCUUUCUUUAUUCCUUGCAUCCUCUGAAGGAAUCCUACCUGGCCUGGCUGAUCAGUAGCCUUUAAAUGCUGCCUCCCACCUGCUGUGUGACCAGGGAACAUGUGUCAUUUGCUUGGCAACAGUGGACCAGAGUUCCCCUUCCAGCUUUUGCUCCAGACCACCCCUACGUAGCUUACUUGUCCAGUCUCCAGUUUGGACCCUGGUAACGCUGCAUAAGGGACACAGGUGGCACUGUGGGUUAAACCACAGAGCCUAGGACUUGCCGAUCAGAAGAUCGGCAGUUUGAAUCCCCGCGACCGAGUGAGCUCCCGUUGCUCGGUCCCUGCUCAGACAUGAGGAUGCCUGAGCAGUUCUGAGAGCACGUCAAGGUGCAUAGAUAGCAACACCCUAGAGUACCGGCUCUGGCAGGAAGUUAGAUUAGCUUCAACAGAGCCAGGGCUUUCCAGUGCGCUGCUGCCUGGUGGACGCUCUGCCUCAUGAGACCAGGGCCUUGCAGGAUCUGAUCGCUGGCCACAUGACCUGUAAGACAGGUUGUUCCACCUGGCCCUCGGCCAAUAAAGCCAGAUUGAUUCCCGCCCCUCAUUCUUCUUUCAGAGUCAUUCUCUGCUGCCUGGCUCCUCAUGUGAUCAGGCUGCAUUUAACACUUUAAUGCUUCAAUAUCUUAAUGCUGCAUUUUAAGCUAUGAGUUGAGAGGAGGCUUCGAUGUCAACCUGUGUUGACAAAGUGCGAGCAGUUUUCCGAACUAUCCCAAACAAUGCUCUGCUUGUUUACUAUUCAAAAAUAAGAGGAUGUCUGACCCUUCUUCCCUUUUCCGACGUGUGAGAGAGUAGCAGUGAAGGAAGGUAAAAGGGGGGGCAUGAGAUGGCAGCAGGUUGAGGGAAACAUCAGUUGUAUGGAGCAUUCUUGCAACUCCAUGUAUGUGGAUGGGUCAGAUACCGAGAGCAUCAGAAUGCAGUGUUAGAAACUGGGAUAAAAAAAGCUAGGAGCAUAAUAAUAAUAAUAAUGAUGAUGAUGAUGAUGAUGAUGUAUACCCUGCCCAUCUGCCUGAGUUUCCCCAGCCACUCUGGGCAGCUCCCAAUUGAGUGUUAAAAACAAUACAGCAUUAAAUAUUAAAAACUAAACAGGGCUGCCUUCAGAUGUCUUUUAAAAAUAGGAUAUCUGCUUAUUUCCUUGACAUCUGAUGGGAGGGCGUUCCAUAGGGUGGGAGCCACUACCGAGAAGGCCUUCUGUCUGUUUCCCUUGUAACCUCACUUCUCGUAAUGAGGAAACCGCCAGAAGGCCCUCGGUGCUGGAUCUCGGUGUCCGGACAGAACGAUGGGGGUGGAGAUGCUCCUUCAGGUAUACAGGACCGAGGCCGUUUAGGGCUUUAAAGGUCAGCACCAACACUUUGAAUUGUGCUCGGAAACGUACUGGGAGCCAAUGUAGGUCUUUCAAGACCGGUGUUACAUGGUGCCGGCUGGGAUCCUGGGACCUGGGUUGUGGGCACCAAAACAGAAUGUCUAGUUGCCAUUUGGGGGUGGGGGUGGGUCGGCAACACUAUUUAUUUAUUAUUUUGAUAAGCAUGAACUAAUACACAAUUCACAUAAGAGUCACAUUGUUACUCUCACAUUUUUAGCAGAAAUUGUUAAUACAUAAGUGUAAUUUGGUGUUUACAGUAAAAAUAUUGGCACCAUACUUCAGUGUUCAAAACACUCUACUCUCUAUUGUUAAACUGCUUAACAUAUUGUCUAUCUUUAACAUAUACUUGGAGGCUUCAAAGCACAUACAUUUCAGUAAUCCUUGAGUGUCAGCCAGACACAAAAAAUGGCACCCAGACUUUUUUUUUUUUUUUUUAAGAAUAUUUAUUCCAAUUUUAAAAUUACAGAAAAAGAAAAAAGUAGAAAAAGAAAAACAAAUCACAUACAUCUUACAAAAAAAACGAACAGUACAAAGAAAAAUACAAAAGACAGAAAAUCACAAUAAAAAAGUAACAAAAAAUCAAAUUAAACCAUUAGAAUCGUCUUCCCAUUUACUUAUUUCCAUGACUUCCUCUCACCUCUCUGCUUUGUAUUCUAGUUUGAAUCGUAUCUCCAGCAAAUCCUUCUAACCUUCUUUUCAUUUACUUAUUUUAACAUUCGAAUCAUAUUUACUUAUUCCAUUAUACUCUGUCUGCCAAUACGGUCUAAUAUUCUUCUCCAACCUUUUCUAACAUUCUUUUAUAUUACAGUAUUUCUGAAGAUAUAUUUUAAAUUUUUUCCAAUCUUCUUCCAUCGACCCUUCUAAAAAAAUGGCACCCAGACUUUUGGAGGUGCUCACGAAUGGAGAAUCUUUAGGCGCAAAGUGCGCCUGGCACCCUGCUAAUUUCAAACCCUGUCUGGGAGGCAGGAAGCCUGGUUGGGCAAGUGGGGUUGGUUGGUUGGCAUCCGCCUGUCUCAAGAGAUAAUGGAAGAGUGCGUCUUUGGGGGUGAAGUUAAACCAUCAGAAUUACAGCACCUGCUGUGGCUGUAGAGACCGAUGUGGGAGAGACAAGUUUUGUUGCGGCUGGAGCAGAUGAAGGCGUCCAGUUGUGCUUCUGCAGAUGCACCAUGGCAUUUCUUCCUUUCGCGCUCCUCCCAGCUGUCAUUGCUCCUCCGGUAACUGCUGUGGAUACAUGACCUGACAGAUGGUCUCUAGGUGUUGCGGUCGUCUGCAAGGGAUUCCCACGCGGUGGUGUUAAUAUUGUCAGCUUUCAUGUCAUGUUUGCAGACAUCUUUGUAACACAGUUGGUCUGCCAACGGGCCAGCUGAUUGAAGCCAGCUCCCCAAGAAACUUAACCUUGGGGAUCAUGCCAUCUUCCAUUCUGUGGACAUGGCCAAGCCACCAUAGACAUUGCUGAGUCAAAACAUAUUUGGAGCAAGGUGUUUGUCGAUUUGUGACCAUAAUUUUAAACCUCUUAUGAACCUCCGAGCUGCUGAUUUGCAAAAGGAAUGUCACCAGCUGCAUGUUUUGUGUGGAAACCAGAUUAUUAUUUAAGUGUAAAAUAGGAGCUUAACUGUACCUCGGGAUACACGUUUUGCUAUCAGUCCAAAUUUCAUGCCAAGUUCUUUUGCUCACUUGUAAUGAUAGAUAGUUGGGUUUUGCACCAAUACCUUAAAAAGCAACAAUUUGAAUAUAAUGUCAAGCAUAGACUCAUGUUUUGAUCUCUGAAGGUGGAAAUUCAGCUGAAGGGGAGAUUUAAAGCUGAGAAGCGAUGGGUGGGGAAAGUAUUUAGUGCCCCUGCCCUUACCUAGUGUCAGCCUGCUCCAUAUUGCUCUCUCUCAACGUUGCUUUUCCUUUUUGUUUUUCCAAAUUUUUUUAUUAGUUUUCACAACAUUAUAAACAAACAAACACAUAAGACAAACAAACAAAAAUCAUAGCCUUAUUAAAAAUUACUCUUAUUAACAUUGUUAAGUGACUUCCUCGUUUCCCCUUGGUUGAAUUUCAUUGCAUGUCCUUUUAACGGUUUUCCAAAUCACAGUUCUUAUAAAAUUUAACUUAAACAUUAACAUCCUUAGAGCUUCACAUUAUGAAAUUAAACAUAUUAAUUCAUCACUUAAAUAAAAUCCUAUGCCAAUUAAGUAUCUGCAAGCUGUUUUCAGUUAAUUUAACUUAACAUAUUUAACUAAAUAAUCAUUAAAUUUAAUCCAAUCUUCCUGAUACUCCUCCUCCUUCUGGUCGCGGACUCUUUCGGUUAGGUCGGCUAGCUCUGAAAAAUCCAUCAUCUUCACCUGCCAUUCUUCUAUCGUUGGUAAUUCUUGGGUUUUCCACUUUUUAGCUAGCAAAAUACGAGCAGCAGUUGUGGCAUACAAGAAUAAUUUACCAUCUUUCUUGGGCAAUUCCAAACCUAUUAUUCCAAGAAGAAAGGCCUCUGGUUUCUUUAUAAAUGUAUAUUUCAACAUUUUUUUCAAUUCAUUAUAAAUCUUUUCCCAGAAGUCUUUCACCUUGGGACAGGUCCACCACAUAUGAUAAAAGGUUCCUUCCUUUUCUUUACAUUUCCAACAUAGAUUGUCACAGUUAUGAUAUAUCUUUGCUAAUUUUACAACGUUGCUUUUCCAGAAGGUUUGGCAGAGGGUGUUGGGAUUUGCUUACCCCCAUUUUGCGUAUGAUGCCAGCUUUCUGCCAUGAUUUGGCGCUAAAGUGGCUGUAGCUAAAACAGUUCUAAAACUUGCAGUGUACCUAGAAGGGAGGACAUCAGUGAACGCUUUCCCAUACGUUGCUGGUAGAAUUCACCAUAGCAAAUUCUUCAGAAAAUGGAGAUAAUAUCCUUAGAGAUAAUCCUGUGCAAAGAGUAUUUCACAUUCAAAUUGUUAAGUUGGUGUUCCAGCUGAUGAUUUUUCUGGGGAGAUCAAAUUGAUUCAUUUGCGCUCUGUGAGCAGUUUCAUACAUUUUCAUUAACACAAUUUCCCUGUGUUAUUCCUCUUAGACAAUCUGCUUCAUCUUGACUCGUCAUCAUUCCGGGAUAGUGGUGUCUGCGGGGCUCUUUGCUGACAUUGACAUGGUAGAGAAGAUUUAAAAUUGGGUAACUGGUCCUCUUCAGAUAGAUUAGAACUAAAACUUUUAUCUUCUUCGUUGACUUUGAAACUCGUUUUUAACUCUUUGUUGUUUUGGCGGUGGUGGGUCUUGUUUCAGCUGAUGUUCACAAGGAAAAGAGUCACGUGAUGUAUGAAGGCAAACACAUACACUUUUCUGAGGUUGACAAUAAGCCGUUGUGCUCGUACAGCCCCAAACUGUGCAAGCAGAGGCGACUUAACGGCUACGCCUUCUGUAUCAGGCACGUUCUGGAGGAUAAGACUGCUCCCUUCAAGCAAUGUGAAUAUGUGGCCAAGUACAAUAGCCAACGCUGCACCAACCCCAUCCCCAAAUCUGAGGACCGUAGGUAAGUAAUGGGCGCACAGUUUUGAAAACAGCAGCGACAAUCUCAGGGGUGGCCUGAAGCAUGGUUUGGAGGCACAUGAUAGAAGCUCCCCAGGUCAACAUCUGGUCAACAGGUUGAAUGGGAGACCACUUGGAUCCUCCCUCGCUGCCUCAUUUUAUCACUUUGGGUGGCGUAUAAUUAAGUUGUUGUGUGUGCAGAAUAAGGUCCACUCUCACAGUGAGACUUUCCCCCUCUCUCCCUCCCCCCAAUCUUUGGAGCAUUGAGAAAAACCCAGAAUAGUUUUAAGGGAUGCGUUGGGGAAUAAGGGGGAAAGGGAGUCCCAUUGCAUAUGCAGACCCUGUACAUAUAUGUUGAAAUCCACCCCCUGUUUCUAAAUUAUCCUUCGCCAUAUGAUCCCAGCCAAUCAGGAAUCACAUGCGAAUUUGAUAAUGUCGUGCUGUGCCAUAAUCAGAUGUGUUUACAUGGCAACGUCACUGAGGGCAAUUGACCAUAUUGUUCUUGCUAAGGAGGAUGGAAAGGAAUAUGUCCCUUGUUGCUAAGACAACUAGAUCAGGGCACUUCAGUGUUUGGUGUGCCGGAUGCGAAAGUGGGCAAGUACCACAUCUCCACUAGUUGUGCAGAAGAGAGAAUUAAGUGUUCUUUGAAGUGCUUGGAUAUUACCUGAUGAAAUCUUUAAAAACAGGGCCUCUCUGUAGAGCAGGCAUAGGCAAACUCGGACCUCCAUAUGUUUUGGGACUACAACUCCCAUCAUCCCUAGCUAACAGGACCAGUGGUCAGGGAUGAUGGGAGUUGUAGUCCCAAAACAUCUGGAGGGCCGAGUUUGGGGAUGCCUGAUGUAGAGUAUCUGUGGGGUGAAACUGUAGCGCAGCCCUUCAUAUCUCAUUGCCCCUCAUGAAUAGGAGCAGAAUAAAGUAUGCAGACUGAGGCAGUAUUUGCCCAGUUGUUCCAUUUGCAUAACUUGUGAGGCAGAGUACCACAAGUUUUGACAGUGAGCCAACAUUAAUAAAAGUGACUUCGGAAAUCACUGGAGAAACGCUGUCUGCUGAGCACACAGUGGUUUCUGUAGACACCUGGCAGCAGUUCUUCUAAUAUGACAUUGCAGGUUGUCAAAAUGAAGGAAUUUUGCUCCCAAGUAGAAUUCCAGCCUUGCCUUCCUAGGGUUGUAUCCAGGUGUGGCCCUCUAGUGAUGGAAGUGCUCUCUGGUCCCAUGGAGGUUCCCAUGAAUAAAAUGGGAGGAAAUGAUUUUCACUGUUUCCUCUUUUAUCCAGCAGCCCUCUGUGCCACCUCCUAUGCAGUUCCAAAGCAGCCCUCCCCCCCGCUAUAUUUUUCUGUUCAGAUUAUUCUUUAGUUAGCAGCGAAUACUUUGGGCUUUGAAUUAGCAUAAUUUGCCAGUUUUUCUGGGGAGGCUGAUGCGAUAGGCAGUAGGAAUGCUUUGCUGUGGCUCACAAGAUGAAGUGUAUAACUUUCUAACAUGCGUGUUUUGGGAAGGCACGGGAAGUUAACUAGGUGUGAAGCAUCAUGUCACAACAUUGGAAAAUGGAGGACAGCAAGAAGAAAGCAGCAUAAGCGUAUCAGUUUAACACAUUAAAGAAGCAGACUGUGGACUUAUUCAUAACUGGAGAUGUAUAAAAAGACGGUGUUUUUCCCUUCAGAGUUAUUUUUCCUUAAGAUUUGUGAUUGAAGCGGGGGCUUCCUACUCAAAAGGAUUCAAAGGAUUUUGAAAAGGAUUCAAAAGAAACACAGUUUUAAAGAAAUGAAUUAUAUCUGUAAGCCAGAACCCUAAAUUCUGAAAUUGGGAAAUCUGAAUUCUUCAGGUCCCCAGUUAGCGUCAGUGUUAAGCUGUUUUUAAUAUUGAACUUUAAAUUGCACCUUCUGCUGAAAAUUGGAAUGAGGUGAAGGCAAUGUGUAAUCUGUUCAUUUAUUCAAAAAGAUUUUUAUACCGCUUAACUGACCCCAGCCUCCAAGUGGUGUACUUAAAACAAUAUAAAAUGUAUAUUUAAACUACCAAUAAAAUAAAAUGUUAAAAAUAAAUUGAUGUAAAAUGUAUUGAAGCAUAUAUAAAAUCAGCAUUUUUCUCAAGGAAUAUGCACAUAAAAACUACAUAUUAAAAAUAUGUUUGGGGGCAUGCUUGCCUAACCAAAAAAAGUUGUUAGUGGGUGCUGAAAGCAGCACAGCUAAUAUACUGGCCUAAUAUUAAUGUAUUUCCCCAUUAAGUGUUCCACAGUGAUGAUUAUAACAACGACCCACCCUCCAUCCAAGGCUGGCUGGAGUGUACAGGUUAUCUACUUUUUAUCUUCUCAACAGCUGUGUGUGGAAGCUUAGACUGAAAGAGGGUAGCCCAAAGACACCCAGUGAGUUUCAUAGCGGAGUGAGGAUUUAAACCCUGGUCUUCCUGUUCCCAAGUCCAAUAUUUCCAGCUUUAAAAUUGUUUGCCUCAAGCCAAAAAACAUAUUCCCUCUUUGCUCUUUGACUUCAUAAUUCUCAAAGAAAAAAAGCACCCACUCUUGUUCUUUGUUAAACCAUUUUCUAUCACUUGGGCUACUAAUAAAAUUUCUGCUUUGCAUCCUUUUCAAGCAUAAGAUUGAAGUGUUAGGGAUUGCAAGCUUUUCACAGAAACGUGUAGAACCUAACACAGUUAUUUUUAUUAGGGUAAGAAAAGAGAUCGCCUUGAAAGAUAUCUGCUAUGCUUUCAUGUCACAGUUUUUCCAUAUAUGGACUCCACUGAAAUGCAGAAUGUAAUUCUGCAAAUGUUCUGAUGUGCAGUUCAAUUGGAAGUACAUUGUAUCUAUAGUUAUAAUAUAGAUAAUGUAAUAUGCAGUUCAAAUAAUAUCUUUAUAUUUGAAAGUUUAUAAUUGGCUAUGAGAUAUUCAUUUAAACGUUCUCCAUUGAGGUUUCUCACAAAAAAAAUAUACUUAUGCCAUUUAAGCUACUUUCUCAUGAAUUCUAGUUUCUAGUUUCACCGUGCUUAAGAGCUGGCGAGGAGAAAAUAAUUCUGAUGGUCUUGCUUCUCAAAGGUACUGCAACAGUCAUCUGCAGGUACUUGGCUUUUUACCGAAAAAGGAGAGGAAGAAAAAGAAUGACCCCGUCGAGGAGGUAAAAGUUCGGCACCAGAUGGAUUCUGUGGCCUUCAGCCUGACAGUUCCUCCGCUGGCCUUGAAGAUGCCCAAUGGACUAGACGGGAUGUCCCUCUCUCCACCGGGUGCCAGGCUUCCUCUCCACUACUUGGAAGCAGAACUGGAAGACCCCUUUGCUUUCAACGAGGAAGAUGAAGAUCUCAAGAAAGGGGCAACGGUGAAGAAGAAGCUGCAGAGCAAAUUAGCCCAGAACCGGCAGCGCCAGAGAGAAACAGAGAUUCUGAAAGUUCGCCAAGAGCACUUUAGCCCUCUUCCUGCACCUUUGCAGCAGCAGCAGCAGCAGCAACAGCACUCCCAUCUCUCGCCAUUACCAACUUCUCUAAAGCCAGCAGGGCUACAGCAGGGCUUAGUCUGCAAGUCACCUCAACCUCAGAACACCAGCCUACCAGUGCAGGGAGUGGCUCCCACCACGUACACUAUAGCACAAGCCAGGCAGCUGUCUAACAAAAGACCGCUGCCCCCCCUGCACCCUACUAGGGCUCCUGGCCCAGACCCGCCCGGGGUGGACAGGAUCCUUAUGAAAGCCACAGCCUUCUCUCCGCACUCAUCCUGUAUGAGCCGGCUACAGAGACUGGUGAAACUGUGCACUCAGAAACAGCAGCUGGAUGCUGACCUGUUUCCGCAUUUAGGUAAGUGGAGAAUUAAUGGUACCUGAACGUUCUGAUCAUUCGGUCCAGUAAAUUUGCCGUAGAUUGGUAACAGUGCGCAAGUGAAGUACUUGAGUAAACUGUAUCCUUGCGAGUGUCUGCUUUUUAAUGCAGAAGGGCAAACUAGGCCAUGGGCAGGUGUUUCUGCAUCCUUUCUCAUAGCUAAGUCCCGUAAAAUUCAGCUCGUUACUACUAUUAAAAUCACAUGGUUUGCCAUUUUGUUUUCAAGGCAGUUCUUUUAAGAACACGAAAAAAGGGAGCAUGGCUGUAAGUCUAGAGGACCAGUUCUAGCUUUUGUCAUGUACAUAAACCAGGAAUUUAGGAUAUUCAGAUUGUUGCUAUGGUACAAACAUUGGUGGUUAGGCAAUCCGAAGUAGCAGAAAGUGUAAUGACAAUUAUGGAUAUGUAACAGAGCCUAGGACUUGCUGAUCAGAAGGUCGGCGGUUCAAAUCCCCGCAACAGGGUGAGCUCCCGUUGCUCGGUCCCUUCUCCUGCCAACCUAGCAGUUCGAAAGCACCUCAAAGUGCAAGUAGAUAAAUAGGUACCGCUCUGGCGGGAAGGUAAACGGCGUUUCUGUGCGCUGCUCUGGUUCGCCAGAAGCAGCUUAGUCAUGCUGGCCACAUGACCCGGAAGCUGUACGCCGGCUCCCUCGGCCAAUAAAGUGAGAUGAGCGCCGCAACCCCAGAGUCGUCCGCGACUGGACCUAAUGGUCAGGGGUCCCUUUACCUAACUGACAAAAAAUAAUGAAGCACCAAUGUGUUGCCUUCUUCCUUAUACGGACCCCUCCAUCCAGAUUAUCUUCAUAUGCUUCGCUGUUCACUGACCUAUGGCCAGAAAUUAGCCUAGCGCACAUUACUCUUUUCCACCUCAGAUGUGGACCUUUGAUCCCCAUGCCCCACAGUGGCUGAGUAUGUCUGUGCAAGUAAGCCUGACCACAGAAGACCAGGACUUAGUGCCAGGGGAAGAAGGGGCAUAGCUAGCCUUGCAGGGCAGUGGUGAUUAAGAAUCAUAGGGUUGGAAGGGACCACAAGGCUCAUCUAGUCCAACCCCCUGCAAUGCAGGAAUCUCAGCUAAAGCAUCCAAGACAGAUGUCCAUCCAGUCUCUGCUCAGAGACCUCCAAGGAAGGAGAGUCCGCAACCUCCCAAGGGAGACCAUUCCACUGUUGAACAGCUCUUACCGCCAGAAAGUUCUUCCUGACGUUUAGUCGGAAUCUCUUUUCUUGUAACUUGAAUCCAUGGUUUCAGGUCUUACCCUCCAGAGCAGGAGAAAACAUGCUUGCUACAUCUUCCAUGUGACAGCCAUUUAGGCAUAUGUGAGAAAAACAACCCUACAUGUGGCCAUAUAACCUUGACAGGGUGGGGUGAGAUGGCAGCUGUUUGGGAAACUUCCAUAGGCGUGGUACAUCUCUUUUUGUUCUAAUUCAUGCACUUAUAAUGAGGUUCCCGUUUAUGAUGAGGCCCUCUGUUGUGCUAUCACAACAGUGCUUUUUAUUUGGCUAAAAAUACAAAUAUUCACUUCCUUCCAUGCUUUUCCAGGGUUGGACUGGUCAGAAGACAGUGGAGAAGAAUUGGAAGAACUGGAACAAACCUCGCCAUACCAGGUUGCAUGGUCUAUUCGGGAAGCCCUCAGAUAUGACAGGAAUGAGUAAGUGCAUACAACUCAGAACAGAAGACUGAGUAAUUAAGUGCAGAAUAUGAAAUAAUGCAGAGAUCAGGCUGUUUUUUAAACUGUUACCUGUAGGUGAGGGUAGGUACAGUGGAAGAGGGUAUUCAGAAAAACUUGGGUUUGUAUCCCCAAAGCUUUCUGUCUGUAAGCAGAAUGGAGGUCUACUUGUGUCACUUGACUUCACCGUCCUCCCCUGAAACCCUCCAAAAUCUUCUCUGGAGCACUGGGGGCUCUCUGGCGCAGGUUUUGGGGGUACACAGUGGGUUGCAGGUGAGAUGAGAGGGUGGUGAAGCCCCGUGGCAUAAGAGGAAGUUCAUUCGUGCACUGAAUUUUUACUCCAAACAUUUUAGAAAUGGCUGGUGGACUUUGUCCGUUGAACCUGAAAAAAAGAUAUGUAUAAUGUAGAAACAGAGGCCGGAAUCAGAAUAACAAAACUUGAUCAGUGAUCUUGUCCUCGGUGGAGGUGUUUGCUUUGCCUAUCUCAGAAGCAUCAUUUUAUAGUCCAUUCUUAGGAGCAGCUGCCAUGGCAAAGAAACAGAGGAUUGGUCACAAGAACUGCUGUGUUGCAUGGUAUCACAACUUGUGGUAUUUCACUAGUAUGGCCAUUGCACCACAACAACAGUUUGUUCAUAGUGGGUGGGGGGUACGAUUCCAUUUAUUUUCUAUAUUUCCCAUCAGUUCUGUAAUUCUUAAGGUAUAUUUACAAUAAUUACAAUUUUAUAGUGACAAUAAAAAAAUGUAAGUGCUUAGAUACUAUUCUCCCAUCAGCAGAACUUUGCUUACAGGAUGCUCCUGCUGGUGUGAGGAAGGGGGAGUCAGUUUUCUUCCCCUUGACUCCCUCCCCCUGAGAAUUUGCUCCAGAGGGAGGGGAAACCCUUUGGAAAAGCAUGAAAAGUGGUGCUCAAGCUCCAUAUAUGGAGGGACAACUCCGGAUCCAAGUCAAAAUUAAUGACAAAUUCAGUAAAACACCCCAGUUAAAUCAUGAAGGGCAGAAGCAGCAAAAAAAUAGGACGGUAAAACUUUUCAAAUAGUAGAAGCCUCAGAAAAUAGAAAGACAUUAGCGUGGACUCUAGUGUCAGCUAGAUUGUCAGAGGGGAUGUUUUCAUAAAAGGGGUGCCGCAGCCUUCUCCCUAGAUGCCAGCCAAUGUAUGUGUGGGGAAACCAUCCCAAAAAUGAAUGCAGAGCUCAGGGAAGUUGACGUGGAAACUGACAUUUCUUCAGGUACUCGGGACUUGCGCUGUACAGACAAGAUAGCAGUAGUGCAAGUUUGCGGAAUGAUGAUGUUGGGUUUUGAGUGCCAGCCACUUGAUCACCUGCUUUUCCCUCCCCACGCAAUCUCACAGGCCAGAUGACGACGCUGACGCCAGCGGCAGGAGCUCCCGCAUUUCCCAACUUUGCACUUACUUUCAGCAGAAAUACAAGCACCUCUGCCGGCUGGAGCGGGCAGAAUCUCGCCAGAGGAAAUGCCAACAUACAUUCCGGAAAGCCUUGCUGCGGGCAGCCAGCCGAGAGCCGGAGUGCGCUGGGCAGCUGCUACGAGAGCUCCGAAGAGCUUCGUGUACUCGGAACAGGUGAGGGACCACACACACCUGGCAGUACAGCACGCACAUUAUAUCCCAGCCUUCUCCGUUUUUUAGGUGCUAAUCUUCUUGGGUGUCCUUUUCUUUCAGCACAAGCCAAGUGAAGCAGAGGGAUGUGUCACCAUGUAGAGGGACAACAAAGGGCGAACCAUGCACCAGCAAGGCUCUUCCGUUCACUAAACAUUGUUUUCAACGUAUCUUUUUCACUGUGUUCCUGUUCCUAAAAAUGUAAUACAGUCGUACCUUGGUUGUUGAACAGAAUCCAUUCUGGGAGUCCGUUCGACUCCCGGAACGGUUCGAAAACCAAGGCACAGCUUCCGAUUGGCUGCAGGAGCUUCCUUGGUCAUACCUUGGUUGUUGAACGUAAUCCGUUCUGGGAGUCCGUUCGACUCCCGGAACGGUUCGAAAACCAAGGCACAGCUUCUGAUUGGCUGCAGGAGCUUCCUGCACUCAAAUUGGAAGCCGUGGAAGCCAUGUCCGGCUUCCAAAAAAUGUUCACAAACCGGAACACUCACUUCCGGGUUUUAUGGUGUUGGGGAGCCAAAACGUCAGAGUACCAAUGUGUUUGACAACCAAGGUACGACUGUAAUUAAUUAUGGCCAUCUCCCAUUUCCAAUGAGUAUUUCUGAGGGCGCUCCUGCUACCUUCUUGGCCUGGUUCUUCUUUUCAAGCUAGCAACUUAUGGGAGAGACUUGGUAAAUCCAUUCUUAAGCCUGUGCACUUGUGUCAGCUCUGAAGCGGCAGAGAGACCCUGAAACAAAGGUAGAAUCCUGGGGCCUAGCCAGCAUUUGAAUCUGUCCCCACUUCGAAUCACUGGCAUCAGGUCAGAAUUGUUUGGUUAGGGCUAUGGUACACCUUCAGGGUGGAGGAACAAACAGCUUUCUAGAAAUGUCCCUGUACUGGACACAUGCACCUGGCAUUGCCCUGUGUGAGGUUGGUUUGUCAGUUUCUGCAGAAAGUCUGAAUUAUCAUACAGUGGUGCCUCGCAAGACGAAAUUAAUUCGUUCUGCGAGUUUUUUCGUCUUGCGAAUUUUUCGUCUUGCGAAGCACGGUUUCCCAUAGGAAUGCAUUGAAAAUCCAAAAGGAAACGAACUUGCAAGACGUUUCCGUCUUGCGAAGCAAGCCCAUAGGGAAAUUCGUCUUGCGAAGCAACUCACAAAACGAAAAACUCUUUCGUCUUGCGAGGCAUUCGUCUUGCGAGGUACCACUGUACAGCUUAAAUUGCUAUAAAGGUUUCAGCAGGGUGUGAAAUCUGCACUGUGAGGUAGUACAAUGACCUAGAAUGAAUAAGAGAUGAAAGACCUAUAAUUCUGCAGUAUCGACAGAAGAGGCAGAGAUCAGGGAAAAUGAAAGUCCUUAUGUUAGAAGCCCUUACAAUGAGCACGAGUACGUGAAAUUGCAGGAGGAAAGAAAGGAAAGUUUCUAAAUGCUGCAAGCUCGGAAUUUUAAUGAGUUUUCUCAUUCCCACUCCUCCCUCAGCUUCAAAGUUCACUUAAAUCUCUUGCAGCUUUUCCCCCUGCCCCUUCCUAAUUGCAACUUUAGCCUUAAUUUUAAGGUUCCUCUAGUCUAAGGCAUUGAGGAAGAACUGAGAAUUAUAAAGGGAUCAAUGAAAGGACUUUUGUAGAUACGACAAGUGCAGAGCGUUUGAAAGAAAAGUGCCAUGCAGAAUAUUGACUAUGCUUUCAAGUGCCAGUCUUGGUACGGCUGUUUGCAGACUAGAGUUGGCGAGUUAUGUGAGUUAGUCCACUGACAUAUCUUAUCUUGCAGCCUCUGUGGGUUUGGACACCACACAAGGCCACUGAGCUCACAGGCAGGAAGCUCCAUUUGUAAUGAGCCAGCACUGCCACAAGGAGGCAGCGUAGGCCCUUGCUUGAGCUGCCAUAGAGAUAAUUCACCAGUGCGUCUCUCCUAAAUCACUGCCCCGUGUUUAUCCCACUAAGGAGUCCCUGGGUAUGAUGCUCCCUGUAUACCUGCAAUAAUGAUCAUUCCCUUGAUCGCAUUGGCUCCAUUCAGGCGUUGCUCUCAUUAAGCCAUGCCUUUAGUUCCACACCCAACAUCGUAUCUUCUUUCUCCCAGUUGUGCUUGGUUGUGUGAGAAGAAAAAACAAUGCAGAAGUUUCUGUUCAUGGUGAGUAGAGGUUUCUCCAUGUUCAGGACACCUGAUUGUGCUGCUGACCAGAACAUGCAGAGCCCCUACGUGGAAGCAGGGACUUGUGCAUUGGUCUUCCUCAUCACAAAGUUGCAGGCAGCUGUGGAAAGAAAAAUUUGCAGCAUCAGAGGUAGGGCCGAAAGCUCAGCCUUGCUCUCCCCACUCCUGCCCUGUGUGAGUGACUAGGGCUGUGACUGCUUCUUAAAGAGUUGAAGGAGAACCAGGAACCUUGCAGCUUCUGCUGGGCUACAGUGGCCACCAUCCCUGAACACUGGCCAUUCUAGAAUUUCAACAGUGUAAGGCUGUAGGUGCCCCACCAAUGCCUCAAGUCAGCCUUUCUCAACCUUGGGUCUACAGAUGUUAUUGGGCUACAACUGCUAGCUAGGUAUGAUGGGAGUCUGGGGACCCAAGGUUGAGAAAGGUUGCCUUAAGCAGAAAGUUGAGCGUGUCCCUCAAUGGCGGGAACGAUGGUGGUGAAUAAACACAGGGAGAAAACAAGUGAAGUGGGUAUCUCAGGAAAUUGCAUCAUGUAAACUUGCAUGUUGAAGGAAAAUGCCUACUGCUGAUUUAGGGAGGGGAGGAAUAGAUGAGAAAGAGACUAAAAACGCAUUGAGUUUAUAUAUCUCUUCUGAACAAAAUAAUUUUGAAUCAGGAUUCACUGUAUUGACUUCCUCUGUGCGUCAUCUGUCAAAAAGGCAGGAAGAAAUUUACAAUUUUUAUGUGCUCUCAUAUGUGGAUGACAGAAAUCCUCUUUUUAAUAUUUGUGUAUGGAUUCUCAUUAGUUGGUUAGAAAGCAAAUCUAUUGAUUGCAUUGUCCCAAAAAUCACAGUAUUGAUUAAGGAUCUCCAGGAAACAAGACACACAAACUCAUUAGCAAAAUAGCUGCUUCCAUAAACCCAUCUUAAUAAAUUAUAAAAUCAUUAGUAAUUCUGCUUGAUGGCAGGUUGUUGUGUGUGUGUGUGUGUGUGUUGGUUUUUUUGCUUUUAACUGUUGACUUUGCAUCUUCUGUAGCUGCAGCAUGAAUGACAUUUAAGGAAUUGCUCCAAAGUGAGAUAUUAGUUGGGAAUAGAAUUCAAGGUUCAGUAUCUUACUCUCUCUGUGUAAAUCAUGCAGUCUCCUGCCCCUCCUUUGUGUGUUAUUCCUGACUACAGAGAAACCCAGAUAUCCUCUUGAACCGGUCCCAGCAGCUUUUCUCAAGCUGCACAGCCAAGUUUGCAGACGGACAGCAAUGCUCUGUGCCAGUUUUUGACAUUACGCACCAGACCCCCCUGUGUGAAGAACACGCCAAAAAAAUGGUAAGUAUAUUUGCUAGUCAGAAUACUUGAAGAACAGCAGCAGCAGUAUUUCCAGCAAGCCGGGGAAUGACAUCAGCAUGCAGCUUUCGCUUCUGGCCCCUUCAGAAAGCUGUAAGGUGAGCUUUGAUGAUAACCAAAGAAAAAUGCUAUAUCAGCAGCCUUUCUUUGAACACAUCUAAAGGAUUAUGGGGAAAUGUUUCAAAGAUCCUCCUUCGCUCAUCCUAUGCAAGCUUAUGCGGAACAGAGUCUCCCUGAAUUUAACAGUCCCAGUUAAGGGUGCAUAGGAUCGCAUUUAAGAAUGAUGUCUGUCCUCUUUUGUGAUGUCAUGUCUGCCGUGAGAACAUAGAGAGACUGUUGGCGGUAUCCAACUAAUUUGUUCCACCAGCACCAGGAUUUCAGCUUGCACUGUGGAACUUCUUCCCACCCCCUCCCUAAAUCUUCAUUCCUGAUUCUGGGUAGCCCCCAGGCGGAUUCAGGGAGUACACAGUGGGAGAAGACUGGGUAGGGGGAGUUCUGUUGCACAAGCAGAAAUCCUUGCACUGAUGGAUGAAGUUAGUUGGGAUACCUCUCAUAGGCUUAUAGGUUAUUCUCCUGGAAUGCCUUGUCAAGGUGGAAACAUGAACAUUUCAGUUUGUUCACACAGUUUAUUUUUGCCAGUUGCGUCGGUCAGUGAAACGGAAGCUCUCCUCAUUUUAACUCCUUUCCCCAGACAAUCUCCAAACCGCCUCACAAAGGUUUGAACAUUACCUUUCCCUUUUGCUAGGCACAAGAGUCAUACACCAUAGCCCUCAAGCUAAUAGCUGGCAUCUGAAUUUGGCUAAUUCCCAGAUGACACUCACAUUUUGUCAUCAGACAGUUUCUUACUGGCACAAAGCUCAGUUUUUUGGCUGCCCUAAACUACGUGUGGGGAUCUAGCCUGUGGGCUAAAUUCAACCCAUGGAAGCUCCCCGUCAUACCCACUGUGCUUCCUCCUUGCCUCUGCGCACCAUCAAUAGGAGAUUUUCAAGCCUAAAUGCAACAUGGGGCAUUUUCAUGGAGGUCCAGUUGGCUCUAACGGGGGGCUUUUCAUAUCUAACUUUGGCAAGGGGCGGGGGAAGGUUAGGGUGUGUGUGUGUUUGUGUAUUGUGGGUCCCUCCCCACCAAUAUGCUCUACCCACACUCACUUUCAUUUUUGUCCUGCCCAUGGAAGCUUGGCCACAGGGAAUACAGCCCUUGGGAGCCACCCCGAUGUAAUCCACUUUGAAGAUCCACCCCUUUGAAUUAUAGCACCUUGUGAAACCUUGCAACAUCAAGAAGGCAAACGCCAUCUAAGAAAAAUUACAUUAUCCGAAUGUUGUUAACUCAUUUGGAAGUAAUACCUUCUCUGUACAGUGAUGCCCCGCAAGACGAAUGCCUCUCAAGACGAAAAACCCGCAAGACGAAAGAGUUUUUCGUUUUUUGAGUUGCUUUGCGAGACGAAUUUCCCUAUGGGCUUGCUUCGCAAGACGGAAACGUCUUGCAAGUUUGUUUCCUUUUUCUUAAAACCGUUACAGUAAUACAGGGUGCAUUGCUUGAAGAGGUGCAGUUGCGACUUGACUUCGAGGAGCAACUCAUAGCACGCGGUGUGGUAGCCUUUUUUGAGGUUUUUGAAGAUUUUUUUGAAAAAAUUGAAACCGUGCUUCACAAGACGAAAAAACUCGCAAGACGAAAAAACUCGCAGAACGAAUUAAUUUCGUCUUGCGAGGCACCACUGUAUUUUGCAUUCGUGUGUGUAAUUCUGUGAUACCUGGUGACAUGGCAUUGCGAUGCUCCAAGCCGUUUUCAAAGAGAAGUAAUUGACCAUUUCUCGCCUUCAACUCUGAUGAACAUUCUUUCUGAUUCAGUGCCAUCCUAAACUUCCUGGCGGCCUCAUGUUAAACUCGUAUGAUUUGAAUUUGGAAAUAGUUUGGUCUGAAUGUGUUUUGGAUUCUUUCCCGUCUGUGGUACAAAAGGCAGAACGGUUUGCUUAGCAUCAUGGUUCCCUUUUCAAGGUGUCAGGCGUUGUCUGUUCCGACUUGCAUGCCAUAGAGAUGUUCACACUUUGGAAUGGCAAGGAAAGAAAAGUGCUUCUCAGUUCAGUGUUGGUGUUUUCCAUUCUCGUUCUGAAAAGGAUAACUUCUUGAGAGGAGACAGCUCCCGCAAAGUCCAGCACCAGCAGCAGAGGAAACCCAGGAAAAAAACAAAGCCACCUGCUCUUACCAAAAAACACAAGAAAAAGAGAAGGCGAGGGCCACGACGUCCCCAAAAACCGAUUCCUCCUGCUGUGCCCCAAGGAAACCUCAGUAUGCCCACCAGUGUCUCACUGCCAAUGGAGAUCUCCCAUAUACGGUCAGAGCCCAGCUAUGAUUAAUUUUCUAAGCUGACAGCGUAGUGUUGGAAAAGAAUAGGCCAAGUAAAUGAGUAUUGGUCCAGAUUCAGCUAAAUAGUUGUGCUAGCAAGAGCCAGAACGAGUGACGCUCGCACAACAGGGCUUUCCUCCCCUUGUGCUCCCCACUAAAUUGGCUCUGCAGGAUUGGGAAACCCCCCCCCCCAGCAGAACAGCACAUGGCGGUGAGGAGAGGGUAUAUAAUUCUGUCUGGCAAGCAAAAACACUUGCGCUGACAGAACUAUUGCCUUAGCUCUAAUUCCAGCCAUAGUCUACGCUACCUGUAUGACGAAUAGGAAAACCAACUCCGAUGUUCUGUACACACAUGCUUGAAAACAAGCCCUCUUGAGGACAGUGGGUCUUACAUGGCACAUCAUCCUAUGAACAUUUACUCUCACACCAAUGCUGGGUUAUGGCUGGCGGCAGAGAGGGGGAAAGGUUGCGCGCACUCAUUCUGCACACUUGCAGAGUGAUCACUUGUUUGUUUUCCAAUUUGCUCUGCCUUGCUGCCUGGCCAGGUCCCCAGGGGGCAUUUAUCAUACCAACUUGUGGACAUUUUUGGCCAGUCUUUAUGACCUGACGUAAUAUACUUUGCUACUGAUGUAAUGGCACUUUUCAUGCAUUAGAGCUCUCUUCUACCUUAAUAAAUUGACAUACCAAGUAAGAAGACUUUUGCUCCAGAAUGGUGCAUUUUUUACAGCCCUUAACUGUCUCAGAUUAUUGAAAAAGUGAAAAAUAAGUGACUGAUUCACAUCUUUCCAGAAGAGUCUGUAGAACAAAUUAGUGUGAAAGAACUCGGCUUAAUGGCUCCUUUCUAGUACUUUAAUAAGCCAGUCUAAAUACUAACUGAGCUGGAAGAACAUUAUGCAAGUCAGUGGAUGUAUUCACACUUGUCCGCAAACUAUGGUUUGAAGGAAGAUUGUUUAAAAGUGGGUCUCUCAGACUUUUAAUCCAGGGGAAAACUAUAUCCUGGGUUUCAAAACUGGAGAUAACAAUUAAUUCUUACGAUCGAGAGAUGUGUGUGUGCAUUUUCUAGGUCAACUCCCAGAACCUUGGGUCAGGCAUCCUCCUUAUAUAAUAAUAAUUUAUUAUUUAUACCCCGCCCAUCUGGCUGAGUUUCCCCAGCCACUCUGGGCGGCUUCCAAUCAAGUGUUAAAAACAACACAGCAUUAAAUAUUAAAAACUUCCCUAAACAGGGCUGCCUUCAGAUGUCUUUUAAAAAGAAGAUAGCUGCUUAUUUCCUUGACAUCUGAAGGGAGGGCGUUCCACAGGGUGGGCACCACUACCGAGAAGGCCCUCUGUCUGGUUCCCUGUAAACUCACUUCUCGCAAUGAGGGAACCGCCUUGGAACCAAUACUACCACUAAGACCAUUGGGGCCCUGGGAUGGAGCUAUGCUUUCAGAGCAAUGCAGACUUUUCAAGGAUCUGAGUUAGGGAAUCCCAGCAGAUCAUCACUUGCUGCUCAUAUUUUAGCCAAAAGUGGAUAAAGCAGGGGGGAGGAAUCCCUGCUGCCUGGGUUCCCUGUUUUCCAAAGAACAUUGAGGAUUGGAAGCAUGCAACUUGUUUUAAGUUUCAAGGCUUGCUUAAGCCCCUCUUGGAAAUCACAUUUGUGCAGUGAUUUCUUCUGUCAUAGUAAAGCCAUUACCCAGCACGGCGUGAGAGUAAACAUUCAUAGGAUUGUGUGCCAUCCGUGUUCUUGCACCAGCAAGAAUAUCCCAUACCAUCUUUUGUGCACCAGCAGAGGUAGAAAAGAGACAUAAAUCUUAGUUGUAGCCAUACCAGAUCCUGCAGUAGCUUUAUCUAUGGCAGCUCCAACAGCUCCAUACAUUUAGAGUUGAGUUUUGUGAGGGAACAGUUUAAAAAACAAAAAAGGGGGGUGGGGUGGAGAAAGGGCCUAUGCAUCCCAGAAUAGAUCAGAGCCCAGCACGUGCCAGACCAAAGGGCGGGGGUGACUGUCUUCCCUGUUUUUGUAGGAGCCCUUCCACACCGGAGCUGAGUACAGAUGAGCUGCCAGAUGACAUCGCCAAUGAAAUCACAGACAUUCCACACGACCUCGAAUUGAAUCAGGAGGACUUCUCUGACGUCCUGCCACGGCUGCCGGAUGACUUGCAAGACUUUGAUUUCUUUGAAGGUACCUUCUCUCUCGAUUAAACACAAAACUCAGUGCUGUGGCAGGAAAUGGCAACAUUUUUGACAUUCAUUUUAUUUUUAUUUUUUUAAAUGUACAAUUAAGGAAAAUGCCGAAACGUGCAAGGAUGAAAAACGAUGGUUCAGAUUUCUAGUCAAACUGUCGGCCAGGAUUCUACGUGACCAUUUUAGGUGUGUCCAAAUGACACGUGAUUGCCAACAUGUAGGUCCUUUUGGAUCCGGCAGAGGGAAGGGCAAAGUUAUGCGCAUUCGGGAACUGAGAACGGAACCCCUGUGUGAAAUGGUCUUCGCCUGUACAGUGGUACCUCGGGUUACAUACGCUUCAGGUUACAGACUCCGCUAACCCAGAAAUAGUGCUUCAGGUUAAGAACUUUGCUUCAGGAUGAGAACAGAAAUCGUGCUCCGGUGGCGUGGCGGCAGCAGGAGGCCCCAUUAGCUAAAGUGGUGCUUCAGGUUAAGAACAGUUUCAGGUUAAGUACGGACCUCCGGAACGAAUUAAGUACUUAACCCGAGGUACCACUGUGCGUUGUAUUUCUGAAUGUCAAGCAGAUACUUUUCUCCUUUCAAUUGCUUCAAUUCUAUCAAAGGUGUGCAAUUAUUGCACGAUCAUAUACCCUUAACGCUUUUCUAUUCCACAGAGCCAUUUGUGGAAAGGAUUUUUUUUUUUUAAUACAUAAAUGUAAAUACUGUGUAGCUUUCAGUUUUAUGUUUGUUUAAGCACCAGAAUUUGAACUUGGUGAUUAAUUUUUGUAUUUGUGGGGGAAUUUUAAAUGUUGUGAAUUUGAAGAGACUUAAAAAAAAAAUGUUUAAAGGGCAACCCCCCCAAAAAACUUCAGCCCCCUAAGCAGUUAUGACAAGGUUAACCACAGGUUGUAUCCAACACUGCGUGGGCGGAGUUCUGCUCAUGCAGUGGGAAUUCCUGCUCCUCUCUGAACCCUAAAAUCUGCUCUGGAGGGUCCCCCAACCCCGUGAAGCAGAAUUUGAGGGCCUACAGGGAGAGCAGGGGGAAGUUUUGUUCUGCAAGUGGAAUGAUAGUGUUGGAUACAACCCAGUGUACUGAAAAGUAUUACAAGCUUGCUAUUAGGAAGGGCAGCUUUUGAAGGAGGAGAGCACAACUAUCUAAUUAUAUUAACUUUUAAAAGACGACGCUUCCUACAUUAUGAACUGAAAAAUCCAGGAGUGUUUGUCCAUGUUGCUCCACUGCCUAAAAACAUAACAAUUCCACGCUGCGUUACUCAAAUAUCUGAACGACAGUCUUUUAUCUGGGUAUUUUCCUCCCUUGCGCACUUUCUGAACUAAGGUGGGGGUGACUAAGGACAGGGACUUUUUAGCUGCAGUGCCCUGUCUUUGCAAAUCUAGAGGCUCCUCGUGUUUUCUUUUUCUCCCAUUACUUCAAUACCAUCCCAUUUUCAUUUUACAAGCCCGUUUUAACCAUCAGUUAAUACAAUUUUAACACGCUCUUUUUUAAUCCUUCUGUGUAUUUUAUUGAGGGUUUUCAUUGCAUGUUUUUAUUUUUUCAUUAUCAGGUGCCCUGAAGGGCAUUGUUGGAAGAGCAGGAUAUAAAUAUACUACAUAAAUAAAUAAAAGCAGUUCAGAGACAAAUGCAGGCAGUGUACAAUUCCAGAAACAGCUGAGCAUCUCCACCUCUCUCUGACCCAUUUAUGAAUAAUAAUAAAAAAUCUUUCCUAAUCUGGAAAUAUCUUAUAUGAGCAGUCCAGUAUCAUUUUUAAUCUUUUGUUGGAAGCUGCCCAGAGUGGCUGGGGAAACCCAACCAGAUGGGCGGGGUAUAAAUAAAAUAUUAUUAUUAUUAUUAUUAUUAUUAUUAUUAUUAUUAUUAUAUUGCAGCAUAGGGAUUUUUCCUCUUUCAUUACACAUCACAUAUCAUUCCACUGUGGUCAGCGACGUUAAUAGGACUGGGGCUAGAAGUUGAAGUGAGCCCAACAGAAGUAGGUCCAAACCACAAAAUCCAUGUAAAUUGAACUUCCGAUGUAUAGAUUGUGAGAUUAUGGCUUACUCAUACUGGGGUGUUUGUGUGCCUGCAUCCUUACAGAAGUAUGUUGAACCAGCGUGCAGUUGUUGGUUGGCGUGCAGUGCCAAUUGUUAAACUUCACAUAAACAUUUGCUUAGAGCUGGUGCUGGCUUUUACUAUGGCUCCUUUAUUUAUGUCUUUGAUCGUUAUCUUAGCUCUGUCCAUGUACGGCCAUCCUUUAUCAGGGCCUAUACUACAGUAUGUAGGUAAGGCUCUGUAUACCGUGCCCCUCAGCAUUUAAAAAUCCAACAGAGUCUCAGGAUACCAAAUUCUCUAGUAGAUAGCGUAUUACAUAUUUUUUGCAACAAUCCCAUGGAAGAAACAUAGCCCUGACAAAUAAUGUUCCAAUGUAUGUUGCUUGUUUUUAUCUGUUGCAUUUUCAGUUAAAAGAAUGUCAUCACCUCUAAAACAAAAUGAUUCUCUGAAGCUCUUAAUGUCAAUUGAGAGGGGAAAGCUUUCUUCUUUAUAUUAAACCCACUUAAGCUUCCUUUCUGAACUGUGGUAGGCCUUGCCUGUCAGUAAUAAAGUUUUCUGACCAGGGGCUUACAUGUGCACCGCUCAGUUUUAUUUUGUUUUAUGCAUUUGAUGACUUGCAGCACGCCGUGGCGGAAACAGAGCCUGCUGUUAAGGCAAAAUGAAGUGGUAUGAAAGUUCUGCCUUGGCAGCUCUUUCACACAUGCAAGUUGCCACUUGGUGCUGCAGUCAUCAAGUAAUCAACCUGUCUGCAUGAACAUGGCCUUGUUUGGUAGACAUACACUCCAGCCACCCUAUGGCAUGUAGGUUCAUGCUAACAGGCUGGUAACACUUCCAAUGGGCUGGAAAUAAAUUCAUGCACUCACAUAUAAAGUUAAUUUAAAAAAUGAACAGCUAAAGGUCAAACUAGGGCACACAGGUGGUGUUGUGGGUUAAACCACAGAGCCUAGGACUUGCCGAUCAGAAGGUCGGCGGUUCGAAUCCCCUCGACGGGGUGAGCUCCCGUUGUUCGGUCCCUGCUCCUGCCAACCUAGGAGUUUGAAAGCACGUCAAAGUGCAAGUAGAUAAAUAGGUACCGCUCCGGCGGGAAGGUAAACGGCGUGUCCGUGCGCUGCUCUGGUUCGCCAGAAGCGGCUUAGUCAUGCUGGCCACAUGACCCGGAAGCUGUAUGCCGGCUCCCUCGGCCAGUAAAGUGAGAUGAGCGCCGCAACCCCAGAGUCGGUCACGACUGGACCUAAUGGUCAGGGGUCCCUUUACCUUUACGUACCUUUAAAGGUCAAACUGGAUGUUAUACUAGCCAUUGUAUGAAUUGUGGAAGAAUGCGCCUACGAGAGGUAUGCCAACCGCUUAACAUAUUUUCAAUUUAACGCAGGUAAAAAUGGAGACCUCCUCCCUACGACCGAAGAGGCAGAGGAGCUGGAACGGGCCUUGCAGGCUGUGACUUCUCUUGAGUGCCUGAGUACUAUAGGAGUGCUCACACAGACAGACGGCGUGCCGGUUCAGGAACUAUCGGACAGAGGUAUAGGGGUGUUCUCCACGGGUGCUGAAACUUCAGGAAUUCAGUCCUUGAGCCGGGAAGUCAACACGGAUCUAGGUGAGCUGCUGAAUGGGCGUAUAGUGCAUGACGAGAAUUUCUCUAGCCUGGACCUGGAGGAUAGCUUGCUCCGCUCUGCUACCUUAUCCAACCCACCUACGCCUCUGGCAGGGCAGAUUCAGGGGCAAUUCUCUGCCCCAGCCAACGUUGGCCUUACUUCUGCCACUCUGAUCAGUCAGAGUGGGCUUGGGGAGAGAGCCUUCCCCGGACAAUUUCAAGGACUUCACGAUGGCAGCCAUGCCUCCCAGAGGCCACACCCUGCCCAGCUGCUAAGCAAGGCAGACGACCUAAUCACCUCACGACAGCAAUACAGCAGUGACCAUUCACACUCCUCACCCCAUGGAAGCCAUUACGACAGCGAGCAUGUGCCGUCGCCCUACAGUGACCAUAUCACGUCCCCUCAUGGCGCCUCCUACUCUGGCGAGAACUUGGCAGCUACCUUCUCCGCAGAGAUGCCCAUCAUAGCACAACAUCUGCUCCCUUCGCAGCUGGAGGUGCCGCUCGGUGGCGUGGUGAACCCCAGAACUCACUGGGGGAGCCUCCCCGUCAGCCUGGGCGACCCUUCUCCGUUCAGCAACCUGCUGGGUGCCGACGGACACCUGCUCUCCACCUCCCUGUCCACGCCACCCAGCACGUCGCACUCAGAGACCACGCAGCCUGCCUUCGCCACCGUCACCCCCAACAGCUCCAGCGUGCUCCCGGGGUUGCCGCAGACCAGUUUCAGCGGCAUGGGCCCUGGGUCCUCUGAACUCAUGGCCUCCACCUCCCCAAAGCAACAGCUCCCUCAGUUCAGCGCCGCCUUUGGCCACCAGCUGAGCUCCCACAGCGGCAUCCCCAAGGACCUGCAGCCAAGCCACAGCUCCAUAGCGCCUCCCACAGGCUUCACAGUAACAGGUGCCACAGCUACUAGUACCAAUAACGCAUCUGCUCCCUUCACCACCUCCAGCUGAGCUCGUCUGUCUGCAAAAUUCAGGCAGUUGCGGGGACCUUACGUUCCCUCUCACCCCACCCUGGCCCACUUCUCUUUUCCUGAUUUUUGUCAUCUCCUUUUUAAAGACUUUGUUUAAAUUUAAAACAAAAAGAGGGGGCAAAAAGUCCUGAUUCAGUGCAGACCAGGGUUUCCCCAUUGCUCUGCUCUGCUCUCUUGAUCUUAUGUGCUGGUUUCUGUAUUGGUGCUCAUUUACCCCUUUCAGAUUUUGUUAUACUUAGCCAGUUAAAUAUCCCAGAUAAAAGAAUACAGCACAGGUCCCGGAUGUAACUGACCAUAGAUGAGGAAUCUGUGACCCUCUAGGUGUUGCUGCGCUCAAGUUCCCAUAGUCCUUGACCAAUGGCCAUCCUGCCUGCUGCCGGUGCAAAUUGGGAGGAGUCCCAGCGACUCUGGAGGGCCGCAGACUCCCUAGUCCUGCCUUAGACUGAUAAAUGAGAAGUUAGAUACAAUGGACUCUAGACCCAAAAGUGAGAUGAUACCUCAAAUAUAACUAAUGCAAGUUCCUAAGGCUCAAAUCAGAGUAUCCAGUCCCGUGAGCAUCUGGGCAAGAGGUGAGGAGCUGAUUUAUUUCAAAGAAUGCAAAUGGCAUGAAAGGGGGAUUAUCAUUUUGAUUUGGUAACUGGGCACUGCAGACUUAAACCAACACCAUAGUUCAAUUGUUAAUUCUGUCAGCUUAACACUGGGCUCUUAACCUCCUCUGUGAGCGCAGGGGUUUGUGUGUGUAUUUGUGUGUGUGCGUGUAUUUGAUGGGUAAAUGACAGGUUGUUUCCCUCCCUUUCUUUCCUGUUCUGAAAGACCACCUUGAAACCAGCGACCGUUCAUACUGCAAGCUAAUUUGGUUUUUGAAGUUGGGUUGGAUGGAAGAAAGGAUGAAUUUGUAGGACAUGAGAUUGUACUUGUUGGUUCAGAGUAUCUAUGACGGUGUGGAGUUUUAAAUAAAAUAUAUAUAUCAUUGGUAUGUAGAACAGAAAGCAGAACUGAGUACUGUAAUUAAUUGCAAUGGUGUACCUGCUCAGAUAAAACAUAUGCUAAUUCCUAAAGCUGAUCAAUUAUUACAGUAGUGUUGUUGGGUUGGCAUUUUCCAAUGGAGCAUUACUUUUAAUAUAGCCAAGUCUCAGCGGAAACUGGCAGAAUUGUGUCAUGGGCCCCUUUUCCCACUCAAACCAAUGUGAGAUCAGAACUGCUGAGUGAUCUUACAAAGUUGUAGCCGUCUCCAGAUACUUGAUGCUUCUGGGGAUUCCUACAGCAGCCGUGAGCCCUUACAGUGCUCCAUAAUACUUCGGGAAUAUUUAGAUAUUUUUAGAAAUCUUUUGUGCAGAGUGAGGUCUGAGAAGAAAGAACAGGCAUGCUAAACAACACAUGCUACUGAAGUUAAUAGAAAAAAAAAGAAAAGUGCUGGCGUUCUCCUAUCUCUAAUCAGUGGUCUUGCUAAUAAAUACGUUUUCAAAGUCAGAGAUUCUACUUUUAUCACUUCAUGCCCCCUGAAGAUCCACAGCAAUCAAACUGUAAGGAGUUUGUCAGAAUAAGGACUGCUUCCCCCACAAAAAGUUCUUUAUCAAGCAAGCUACAAGGUCUCUGCUGCUCCCCCCCCCCUUAAACAGGGCUUGUAGCUGUGCUGAUUCUCAAAAGAAAAGUAGAUUAUGACAUUUAUUUCUCAUGAAGUCCAGUUCUGCUCAGUGGAGGCCACUCCUUGCAAUCAUUUCUUGUUUUCUGGAGUAGACAUGGAAGGAACGGCUAUCUACUCCUAAGAGCAGGGCUUUGUUAUAUUUUAUGGUAAGAGGUUUGGACUGUACAUAAUUUCAUCUACUUUUUAUAAUAUAUUUAAAAAGAUACGAAGAGAGAAGCAGGCACACUCUAGUAGAGUAUUUUAAUUGGGCUUCUACGGGGGAUGAAGAGGGAGCUCAACUUUCUCUUUGUGACUGAAGCAGUUGUUUCCUGUCUAGCUUUUCUAUUCUGCUUUCAAAUGGUGCUCAAGUGAGAAUCUGGUACAGGCACCCUCCUCCUCCCAGACCUUUGGGCAGGGGAGGGUUCCAGGAAUUGCCUGUCUGAAUCCCAUAAAUUUGAACUAUUGCCUUCUUUUAAAAAGCUGUGCUUAUUAUUUUGAGAGGAUCAGGGAGUUUGCCCCUGGAAAUAAAAGUACAUGUUGCUGGAAAACAUUUUUAUGCUUUUUAACCUUGUGAAAUCCCUCCCUGCAUUUGAAAUUGAACUGUAUAAUAAACAUCUAAGUGUGUUCCAAAUUAUAUUUGUAAUGUAUCUGUUUUAAGCCAGUUAACGAGAUGAAGGAAAGCCUUUUCUUUAUUCUACUUUAGUGCACAAUGUAUUGUGAAAUGAUUUCCCCCCUCCAAAAAAACCCCUGGCUUUUGUGCUAAAUAGGAAAGGGGGGGGGGAAGCCCCGUUCAGUUCCCUAGUUUUGUUUCCAAUCAAAUUGAACAAGUGAUUAGCUCCAACAGGAAAGUAAAUUGGUUUGGCAAACUACAAAACUCCUCUUUAUAAAUAUCAUUUGGUGCUAUAUUAUUCCAGUACCUGAAAAUACGGCAGAAUGAUUGGGAUCUGAAGACUGAUGUCUUUUGGGCGUGUGCAAGGGCUUUUCAGCCUCCCCAUGCCUGUUGCAGCCUCUUAAAGUUUGGGGGACCUUCCAAGACCACAUUCCAUGCAGUUUGAGGGGUUGCUGCCAGAAGGCUAAAUGCACAGGCUGGGAGUGCAAAACAGACCAGCUGCAAAAUUUGCAGCAAACCUUUCUGCUCCUUCUCAGUGAUGUUCACAGCCUGUCUUUAAAAAGAAGCCAGCGUGGUUCUCGCUCACAUUCAGGGCAAAGUCCUGCAUGCAUAACUUAACACAAAGACGCCAGCCUUCUGCAUGUGACAUAGUGGGAAAAUGCACAAGGCUACGGCAGGUACACAUCUAGGCGGAAGAGAGACUAUAAUCAAGUCAGCUUUGGAAGCGCAGGUCCCUGUUUUGAUCUCACAGCAGGAUUUUACAGUUUCCAUAUUUCCCUUAAGGAAACACCAUUGUUCGUAUCAAAAGUGUCCUGCAACAGAUCCUGUCUCUCCGUUGCAUUUUCCUAAUGCUGCUUACGUUACUAACCCUUCCCUUUCAAAACAUCACCCUUGUGUUCUCUUGUAGCUAAAUUAUGGGCCAGAAAUGUACUGCAUUUAUAAUUUCUUUAAAUUCUGCAUUGUUAAGAGGCUGGAAUUUUCAGGGUUCCUAGCAAAAUUCGGUUUAUGACUCUUCGCUUUUAAUUCACAUCUCUUCUUCUUGUGAAUUCGUUUUCUUUUAAGGAGUUUUGAUCGCACCUAGUGUCAUGACAUGGUUUUCAUUAACAGAGAACAUGAUGUUUCCAUAUGUGGUUAAGCAAGAUGAUGUGCGAGGAUAAAAUCCUCUAAAAGUAAUUUCCCCGUAAAGUAGGAAUGUCCCUGGGGGACGUCAUUUCAGAAAGUUUAAUGAAAUCGCUUGAAAAGAAUGCCUGCUUAAGGUGUGGUGCUUGUAUGACCCCCCCUGCCCCAAAUCUUUAUUCCAGGAUGCUUAACUGUUUGUUGGUUCUCAAUAAACCCUGCCUUAUGAACAAAGACAAAUAGUAACGUUUAACACACCUACUGUUUGUGUAAGCUAGUAUUUUAUGCAUUAAGAAAAAGAAAGAGGUAGAAUCGGUGGUUCUCUCCUCUUGAUAUCCAGGUUUGAAAGUAAGAACUUAUUGACUUGCUUUAUUUUAUGUCUGUUGUGAGCAAUCUGCUGCGUGAACCCUGUUGUUUUGGUUGUGUACAUUGUAGAUUUCCAGUUUAGAACUAAGAACAAAUGGUAAUGCGAAAGAAAGCUUUGCAUUGCCACUGGAGGGCAGCAUAAGGAAAGUGUAUAACACACAGUCUGUAAUUAUGAAAUAUCUUUCCUAGAAUGUGAGAACUAGAGUGAGAAAACUCAGGGCUGAAAAAAAGAGAAAAAUAACAAUUCAGUGCAACUCCUCCUUUCUAACCCCUUACAACACACAUGCAUGUAUGUGUUCAUGCGCGCGCACACACACAAAUAAACACACACACUCUUAAAUUGUAUGAGCUGGAUUAAUACAUUGAACUUGGUCUGCUGGUGUGUCUUCACCGUCUUGUUGGUUGGUGGGCCCCCAAUUUUUUUAAUCCCACAGUCAUUGUCCCCAAAUCUGUGUUGUCAAAAAAAAGACAGUGCAGCUCACUCCUGGAUUUUAGCAUCUUAAAACAAACUAGGAAAUGGACCCAGCCUGAAAAAGAUGGUCAGUUGUGUUAUGCUAAGGAGUAUCUCGUUUCUGUUGAGAGAAGAGGGUUGAACCAGUUUCUCUGAAUGGUGAUUAUCACUGUCCAGUUUUGGGCAUGUCUCAGGGAUUCCUUGUGGAAAUAAAGGCAGUUAAAGUAGUUGCGAAGAAGAAAUUUUUGCAGGAGAGCGUCAUCGAAGCAUGAACACCAGAAAGUGAAUUGGUUUCUGGGUCUCAUGGCCUGGUGGCUGUUCUCUUGUGGAAGCUGUGCUCAAGUCCACCGUACAAAAUAUUCCCCCACCCCAUCCCAUAAUGCUUAGCUUUAAGCUUUUAUUUAAGAACACCCCUUUCCCCUUCCUCCC